ACGUUGAGCCCGUCUUCACCAAUUCGUCUUUUUACCAUCAGCAUCAGCCUCCGACAUCUUCAGUCCUCUUUCCUCUAUAAUUCAUUCUAUUCUCAAAGCCCCGGUGGCUCUUUAACAUUCACUUCACACGCUAGUCGUUCCUAUUUCAAUCACUUACUUUUCCCAUUCCUACUUCAAAUCAACCAAGAUGCGUUUCCAGAUCUUCUCUGCCGCUCUCAUCACCGCCGUCUCCGGCCACGGAGUCGUCACCUCAGUUGAGGGCGCCAACGGUGUCUCGAUGCCCGGUCUGUCCGUUGCGGAUGGCACUCCCCGUGACUGCUCUAGCAACCGCUGCGGCUCUCAGGCCGACACUUCCAUCAUCCGGGACCGUGAGAUCGCAAGCGGCGAGGUUGGCCCGCUUGGUCGAACCGAGGGCAAUGGGCCUGUUGAUCCCGCCGUCAUGAUUGCCGCCUUCAUGGGAGGCAACAGCGCGGUGCCGGUCAACAACGGCACUGGCACUGGUGUCGAGGACAAUAUCCCCAACAACAUUGGCGAUGCCGCUAAGCACCGUCGCAAUGCCGCUCGCACCGCCCGCCGGGCCGCACAGCGCCAGCACUCUACCCCCAAGCGCCAGCUUGGCAAACUCCUUGGCGGGCUCCUCGGCGGCGGCGGUGGCAACGACGCCAAGGGAGAGAAGACAGAGCAACCUGAAGAGACUGCUGUUGCUGCCAGUGCUGGCGAGGGUGCCACUUCUGGUCUGCCCACUGCCUCAGAUGAUGGUGUCGUCACUGUGAUGUACAGACAGAUUAACCAAGACGGCGCUGGCCCCCUCACAGCCGACAUCGACGGCACCUCUGGCGGCGCAGACGCAGCUGCCUUCAAGACCGCUGAGGUUGCCCAAGAUGUCCCCGGAAUCGGCUUCGGCGGUCUGUCCCUUGCCACCAACACCGACUUCCCCGUGCAGGUCCAGAUGCCCCAGGGAAUGACCUGCGACGGUAGUGUCGGCGGCGCCAACAAUGUCUGCAUCGUCCGCGUCCGCAACAGUGCUGGUGCCGGACCCUUCGGUGGCUCUGGUGCCUUCACCCAGUCCACCGCUGCCCGCAAGCGAGCCAUUGCUUACCGCCUGAAGAAGCGCAUGGCCGAGAAGCGCAUGGCUGCCAACCUUAAGGAAUAGACGACUAAGGGCGGGUACCAGAGCGUCGAUUCUUGGGAACGGGAUAAAGAAUGGGAAUGGGAAUAGAUUGGGGUUUGGGGGAUCGGUUGGCAAUACGGGGACAAAAGUGGUCACUCGGUUGUAACCUAACAGUACUCGAGGAAUAAAGGACACUUACGGCGAUAAAUCAGCUAAUGCUGGGAGAACUUUCUUGCGCCUAACAGUGAUUUUGUGCACCAUUGCAUUCGGUGGUGUCUCUCACAGGACAUUUUGUGAAUGAGACGAUGCAACAAGUGAUAAACCAACGAGUGGGAAUGAUUAUGAUCCAAGAAGCCGGUUGGCCA